UUCCUCCUGAGUCAGGCAGAGGAGAGGAAGCAGGCAGAGCAGCAGAGAACGGUGAUCUUUGCAGAAAUUGACCCUGAUUCCUCUGAAGCAGAGAGGACUGCAUUGGACACCAGAGAGACACCCCUGGGUGACAGAAGAAUGCUGGCAAGAUCUGCUUAUCCAUCUUUUCAUGGUGGCAAAGGAGUAGCAGCCGCUGUGGAACCAGAUCAGGGCCCAGUGUGCUUUGAAGAUGUAGCUGUUCAUUUCACAGACGAUGAAUGGGCAUUGCUGCAUCCUGACCAGAGAGCUCUGCAUGAGGAAGUCAUGGGGGAGAAUCGUGAGAUCAUGGACUCGCUUGGUAAUGAUGAUUUGGAAAUUAAGAACGAGGGAGACCACGACAUCAUCCAUACAGUGGAAAAGACAUAUCAAUAUUCAGAGUUUGGACAAAGCUACAGUCAGAGUUCCCAUUCCACUUCCCAUCAAAUAAAUUCUCAUCAAAUAAAUCCCAUUUGGAAGAAACUGUAUCAGUGCUUGGAAUGUGGAAAGAACUUCACUUGGGAAAAAAGUCUCACAUCUCAUCAAAGAAUUCAUACAGGGGAGAAACUAUAUUACUGCUUGGAAUGUGGAAAGACCUUCAGUGAGAGGGGCAAGCUCACGGCACAUCAAAGAAUUCAUACAACAGAGAAACCAUAUCAGUGUUUGGGAUGUGGAAAAAGCUUUAGUGAGAGGGCCAAUCUCAUUUCCCAUCAAAGAAUUCAUACAGGGGAGAGACCAUAUCAGUGUUUGGAAUGUGGGAAGAGCUUCAGUCAGAGCACUCAUCUCACUUGCCAUCAAAGAAUCCACACUGGGGAGAAGCCCUAUCAGUGCUUGGAAUGUGGAAAAAGCUUCACCUGGAAGAAAAGUCUCACUUCCCAUCAAAGUAUUCAUACAGGGGAGAAGCCAUAUCCGUGCUUGGAAUGUGGAAAAAGCUUCAGUGAGAUGGGCAAGCUCACGGCCCAUCGAAGAAUUCACAAUGGGGAAAAAGCAUAUCAGUGCUUGGAAUGUGGAAAGAGCUUCAAUAAAAGUGCCAAUCUCACAUCCCAUCAAAGAAUUCAUACUGGGGAGAAACCAUAUCAGUGCUUGGACUGUGGAAAGCGGUUCAGUCAGAGUGCCAAUCUCACAACCCAUGAAAGAAUUCAUACAGGGGAAAAACCCUACAAGUGCUUGGAAUGUGGAAAAAACUUCAGAGAGAGGGGCAAUCUCACGUCCCAUCAAAGAAUUCACAGUGGGGAGAAACCAUAUCAGUGCUUGGAGUGUGGAAAGAGUUUCAGUAAGAGUGCCUAUCUUACGUCCCAUCAAAGAAUUCAUACAGGGGAGAAACCCUACCAGUGCCUGGAAUGUGGAAAGUGCUUCACCUGGAAAGAAAGUCUCACUUCCCAUGAAAUGAUCCAUACAGGGGAGAAACCCUAUCAGUGUUUGGAAUGUGGAAAGAGCUUCAAUAAGAGCACCUAUCUCACAUCCCAUCAAAUAAUUCAUACGGGGGAGAAGCCAUAUCAGUGCUUGGAAUGUGGAAAGACCUUCAGUCGGAGCACCAAUCUCACGGCACAUCAAAGAAUUCAUACAGGGGAGAAACCGUAUCACUGCAUGGAAUGUGGAAAGAGCUUUACCUGGAAAGAAAGUCUCAUUUCCCAUCAAAUAAUUCAUAAAGGUGAGAAACCAUUUCAGUGUAUGGAAUGUGGAAAGAGUUUCAGUGAAAGUGCCCAUCUCACUGCCCAUCAAAUAACUCAUACAAGGGAGAAACCCUAUCAGUGCAUGGAAUGUGGAAAGAGCUUCUGUAAGAGGGCCAAUCUUACUUCCCAUCAGAGAAUCCACACUGGGGAGAAACCCUAUCAGUGCUUGGAAUGUGGAAAGAGGUUUAAUACAAGCACAAACUUCCGUCGACAUCAAAGUAUUCACCGUGGGGAGAAACCAUAUCAAUGCUUGGAAUGUGGAAAGAGCUUCAGCCAGAGCACCCAUCUCACUUCCCAUCAUAGAACUCACAGAAGAGAGGAACAAUAUCAUUUCUCGUAAUGUUGAAAGAGCUUCAGUCAGAACAUCAAUCUCAUGACCAAUAAAAUAAUUCAUACAGGGGAGAAACCAUAUCAAUGCUUCUAAUGUGCUAAGAACUUCAGUCAGAGAAUCCAUCAUACUUCCCAUGAAAGAUCUUCCAGAGAGAAUCAUAAAAUUGUAGUGAUCGAUCGACCCUGAGGUUCAUUUACCCCAAUCCCCUCAAGGCUGGAAUCUCAGCUAAAGUAUCUCAGACAGAUGGCCACACAAUCCUUCUGUGGGAAUUCCCUUCCAUUGUUGAAUAGCUAUUAUGGUAUUGUCUAAGUUCUUGUCUGAUGUUCACUUGGAAUCUCCUUUAUUGUUACUUUAAUCCAUGUCUUCAGGUCCUGCUCCUGGAGCAAGAGAACACAAGUUUUCUCCAUCUUCCAUGUGACAGCCCUUUUGAUCUUAGAAGAUGGCUAUCGUAUAUCUCUCGGGCUCCAUUUGUAUGUAAAGUUGUAUGCACCUGUAUCAAAGUAGUUCAUAAUAAGUAUAGUAUAAUAGUAGGUUUAAGGUACUGUUAGCUAGGGAGGUGGGGCAGAGUGAGUUUGGAAUGCUGGGGUGAGAAGUGAUUGGCUGAGUUUUAAAGGAGGUUUGAAUAAAUACGAUAUCCGAAAAGUAGUCAUAAACAAUGAAUGAAACAUUAAAAAUAUACAAUCAAGCUGAACAAUUUCCACAAUAAUUUCAACAAGAUCUUAAAUAAGUAUACAAGAGGAAAAAAUGUAACAGCAACAGCCUCCCCACCCCGAAAUCCCUACGCCCCAGAGUCUGUUCAGCAGGCUCAGCCUUUGCAGCUGGAGUCAGUCCAUCAGUCUGGGCCCUCCCAGGCCAGGUGGAAAAAGGCCUGUAAGGCUGAGAGCAAGUCUUCUGGAGAUGGCCAAGAAUGGUCUCUGGCCUCUUCAGUAGAGACGGUUGGAGGGUGGAGUGGAGGGUGAGAGGGGUGGUUGUUGUGAAGCAACCUUGGUUAAAGUAGGAAUAGAGGAACAGCAUUAUAAUACCUGUUGUUACAGUUGUAAUAAAGUGACAAAAAUGGAAAUGGGGACAUUUGAAAGCAUUCGUUUAUGUACACAAAUUUUCAUUGAAACCUGUUUAUUUUUUCAAAAGUCAGUUGCAUUCUACCACACACCUCCUCCUUCGCUACAUUAGAGCUGAAGUGUUCUGGUAAGAGUGGCAGAGGAGAAAAGCAGGCGUUUGGUGAAAGACCCAGCUCACAGCUGUGCACCUUUUACCAAUGUUGAUUUCAAGGCUUUAUUUUAGCGUUUCUUGUCAUGGGUCCAGUCCUGUGGAACAUCCUGCCACUAGAGAUUCAGUAGGUUCCCGCUGUGCCAACUUUUAACUGCCUGCUAUUUUUGCUUCUAUUCCAUUAGGAGUACGUACACCCCUUCAGGGGUCUAUUGAUGCUUGUUUUAAAAUUUUAUUUUUCCUGUUAACUUGUUUUUAAUUUAGCUUUUAAUUUUAAUUUUUAUGAUAUUAAUUGGUUUUAUGUUCUUAUAUUGCUCUAAACUGCUGUAGUAUAUUUUGAUGAUACAGCUGUCUAUAAAUACUUAAAUGAACAAUCCUGUAAGGGAGUUUAGGCUGAGAGACAGUGACUGGCUGGCCCUGAGCUUGGGAGCUGAGCAAUACUCUCUCUUACCUCCCAGUCCUCUUAAUAUGACCUGUAAUCCCAUCAUCUUUAAAAUAAAUGAAUAAAUAGAAAUGAUGGCUUUUGCUGCAAAGUGGACAGUUGGUUGCAAGGGUAACUUUUUGCAUUGUCCACCGUCACAUAUGAAAACCAGACGAGAAUACAGUCUUCCAAACAGUGAAAUCAAAAUAAAGUCUUUCAGAAGUUCGUGAAAAGAUGGCACCUUGCCCCAAAGACAGUGUCCAAGAUGUCGGGUUCUGCAGCUUCCAGAGAGGAACCUGGCACAGUCCAUGUGCUCCUGGACUAGGGCACCCACCUUCUAACCUGGAAUUAAACAACUGGUCACAGAAAUCAUAUCACACCCUUUAACCUGCUUAACUAUUGGCUGUCCUGUUCCUUAGGUCAAGAAAUCUGAAGCUGCGAAACCUUGAGACUUUGUACACACCUUUCAUUUAAAGCACAUUUCCCCCGGCACACACAACCCACACCUGAAUUUAUUUUGAAUUGUUGGGGUUUUUUUAAAAAAAAAACAUGUUCCUUUAGUGCAUUGUGACUUUUUGGGGUUUCUACAUAGAUGGAUAGACUAGAGAUACUUCGGUGUCAAAGCAGAGUAUCUUAAGAUUUAAUGUUACAGUAGAAAUGUUCCAUUUCAUAUACGGUAAAGUAUCAUAAAAUUUGUUUGCCUAGUGAAUUCAUGGGAGGGGGAAUCAUUUGUACUAUUCUAUGAAUCUGUUUGCAUGGGUUUAAUGUUGUUUGGAGACAAUAACUCUCAGUAAUUUCAUAUUAUCUAUAUGUUUGUCGUGUGUUCAGCACACGUAAUUGCAGAUGAGACUAAAUAAAAUGCUUCCUAGGAAAAUCCCUUGGA